AUGAAAUCGUCCGAAAGUCCACUGGAGAGCUUCGAACGCAUUCUCAACUGGCAGCAUCUGAUCCUGAAGCUUAUCGGAUGCGAUGGCUUUUCGCCCGAAUUCCGAUUCACCGCAUUGACGUUUCUCUUCGUAUUCUUGGCCGGAUUGUUCAUGGUGAUUUCCUUCAUCGAUCUGUACCUGUUCCGUGAUGAUGUGUUCAACUUUACAUUUGUUAUGGUUACUAUAUUCUACGCUUUAAUUGGAGUAGGACGGCUGAAAAUCUUGUUGCGUCACCCGAUCGCUGCAAGUAACUUGGUACGGAAAAUGAAACAGGUUUACCGAGAAGCUUCUAGUGACGGAAGUGAACGGUUGGUUAUCCUCAAGUACACCACGGUACUGAAACAUUGCGUUAUCUUUUAUGGUGUAAUCUUUUUGGGUGGCGUCAUCUUGGCCGGAUUACUUCCAUUGGUGGUUUACAUGUGGAACGGCGACAAGAUUCUACCAUUCGGUGUCCUGAUUCCUUUCGUCAAUCCCGAAACGGCUGAUGGCUAUGAGCUGAACUUCAUGUAUCAGGUUAGCUGUAUGCUAUGGACGCCCCCUGCACUGACCGCAUCACAGAACUUCUACUUCGCUUUGGUGUUCAACAUAUGUAUUCAGUACGAUGUUUUGGUGCUAAAGCUACAGAAUUUGGACGAUUUGAUAGCCAAAAACGUGAAUGGAAAGUUGGAUGGCCAAAUACGGGAUGUUUUAAUCAACAUAAUACAAUACCAACAACGAUUGAUCAUCAUGACCUUCUUUGUGCUUCACAUUGAUAUGUGGUUCCCCGGAUAUUUGGUCAUUCUCGUAUCGACAUUUCAACUUUUCCUGUGCUGCAUGAUGGGUACGCUGAUCGAUGUCAAAAGUGACGUAUUCACCGAUAAAAUCUACAACAUAUCAUGGCAUGCAAUGGCAAAGGGCGAUCAAAGGAUGUUGAAAUUCAUGCUCGAAAAGUCGCAACAAUCGCUGAAGUUGUCCUGCGGAGGAAUGAUGACUGUCAACAUGAAUCUUUUUCUGGCGGUGUACAAAAAAAUCUACUCGAUUUUCAUGAUGCUGCAGAACAUUUGA